AUGUCUCGUAUCCGGAGAUCCUUUUUUGCUCCAAGAAUUCGGAGCAAUCGAAGGAAAAAAACUGUCAAAGUCCAGUCGCAAAAUCAUGUCAAAGUUGAUCAUGUUGAUCGGAUAAGUGCUCUUCCAAAUGACCUUCUCUGUCAUAUCCUUUCCUUUCUUCCAACAAAGAAAGCUGCAGCCACCUCCAUCCUAUCCACUCGAUGGCGUUACCUUUUCACUUUACUUCCCAAUAUUCAUCUGGAAUUUGAUCACUCUUUUCGAGACAUUAUGGGUCCCAAUUAUCAACGGUUUGAUCGAUUGGUAGAUUGUUGUCAUCGAUUGAUUCUUCAGCGAAAACCGUAUUGUUUGAGAAAAUUCCAUCUUUCCCUGAAAGAGUUUCUUGAGAUUUUUCGGGUGGCAAUUGACUCUCUGAUAUGUGCAGCAAUUUCCUGUGGAGUCCAACAACUUGAGGUUUUUGUGGGACAUGAUCGUUCCUAUGCAUUGUCUCCUCCGGGAAUUUUGUCGUGUCCAGCAAUUUUCAGUUGCAAAACACUUGUAGAAAUGAAGCUGGAAAUUCGCUUUACUGUUUUCUAUGUGCCGGAAACAGUUUCUUUGCCGAAUCUUAAGGUUCUGCAUUUGGCACAAUAUAUAUUGACAGAUGAGCUGUCUACUCCCAGGCUCAUUCAGGGUUGUCCCGUGCUCAUAGAACUGUCUUUUGACUGUUUAACAUUUCCAGAGGAUCAAGUUAAGACCCUUUUGAUAAAAAGCCCUUCCCUGCAAAAACUCUGCCUCCGUUGUAUGUCUGAUGAUUGGGACAUUGUUCUGGGCAUCCCCAGUGCUGUAAAUUUGGAAUGCGACGUUGAUGGAGAGAGUAAAACAAGUAUAAAUGCCCCAAAGCUUCAACAUUUGAACUUUGAUGGCAAUGUAGUUGAAGUACACAUUCUUCCAAACCACAAGUGGCUUGUCGAAGCCAGAAUAUCAGUUUCUUGCCCUUAUAUUGUGAAAACAUCAGAUCAAGAACAAUUAUUGCGCUGUGAGGUUGCAUUUGAGCUUAUGAAUUGGUCACAAAGUGUGGUAUCACUUUAUUUGCUGGAUACCACGGUGGAGGUGUUUUGGGAUGACAGGAUUGAAUCCUCUGCUGAAGACAAGAAAUUUGAGUAUCUUUCUACAGAGCCUGUUCCAUUAUGCUUGCCGAAACAUCUGAGGGAAGUAAAAAUCAGAAAAUUCAAUGGCAAGGAAUAUGAAUUCAAGCUCAUUGACUAUAUUUUGCAGAAUGUGAAAGCUUUAAAAAAGAUGACUGUUGGUGUGCUUGGACACUUUGGAGCUCGCAGCAAAAUAUUGUCAUUCAAGAGAUGCAAUAACGACUGCCAGAUUGUGUUCACAUAA